AUGGCAUCAUCGCUGCCGACGCCGAAGGGCGAACUUGGGGUUCAGUUGGAUCGUAUGCCGCAACAAGAGGGUGUACGGACGGCAGAUGAUGAUUGGACGGGACGAAGUGAUGCAGUUGAGAGAAGGAGAUUGCAGAAUCGGAUUCAUCAGAGGGCUUUUCGAAAAAAGAAAACCGACAAAAGGCGACUAGAACGAGCAGGUGCUCUAGGCUCCUCAAGCGCCUCAGAGGCCUACAGAAUAGAAGACAUAUCCUCUACUGCCACACCAACAGCAUACACAACAACCACCUCAACAUCCACAACCACCAAAACCACAACAAUCCCAAUCCACUCAACCCAGCCCCCAAACAACUCAACAACCAUCUACGCCUCCCUCCAAAACAAACCAGACACCCUCAAAACCCCCGUAAAAUGGGCAGACCUAAGUCCCGCCCAAGCAAACCAAGUCCUCCACCGCUUCGACAACUACAUGCGGCAACAAGCCCUCAUCGCCUCACCUCGGACAGACCUGCUACUAACAUUGAUCCAAUACAACGUGUUCCGGGCGCUCGUAAGCAACACGCACGCUUUAGGCGUGGGCUUUGAAUGGCUGGAGGGUGAAGCAACGUCGAGUUUCUACACGGACACAUGGAAUUCCGUAGAUUGUCCAGCGGUAUUACGACCUACGCAGUUACAGCGAACAGUGGAACAUCAUCCUUGGAUUGAUCUCUUCCCGUUCCCGGCGCUGCGAGAUAAUAUCUUGCGACAAGGCGAAGAAUUCGAUGAUGAUGAAUUGUGUUAUAAUCUCGUAGAGGUGUGUCAUGCGCCGAGUGAGCGUAGCGGGUUGAUCGUCUGGGGUGAGCCGUCGGAGCCGCGGAACUGGGAAGUGAGCGAGGGGUUUUUGGAGAGGUUUGCGUGGGUGCUGGGAGGGUGCUGGGAGUUGAGGGAUAGUACUAAUUAUUGGAGGGAGAAGAGGGGGGAGGAGUUGUUGUGGUUUAGUGUUACAUUGCCUGCUGAGCCGUAG